AUGAAUUUAGAUAAAUCAAAUUUACAUUCUCCACCACCGUAUAAUUAUGCAACAAUACAACCAACUAAUUCAUUUACCAAUCCAUUUACAUCUAAUCAAUCUUCGCAAUUGACUGUCGAUGAAAAAGAAAAUGAAACAAAAGCAACGUUAAUGAAGAAUGACAAUAGUACUUCAUUUGGUUCAUUUUGCUUGGAAUGUAUGCAAUGCUGUGCAGCAACGGUGGAAUGUCUUCUAUGUUGUUUUACGUGUAUUCAAUGCUUAUCAGAAUGCAAAUAA